GACUGUGUAGUGUUCUUACUUGUCGUGACUCACAACAACAACUCAUUCCCCAUUGAUGAAUCAACAAUAAUUCGUCACACAUUUUCCUAACGUUCUUUUCUUUCUUCUUUUUCUUCAUGUUUGAUUGAAGAAUUAAGCUUCAAAGUUUCCAACUUUACCAAUGGUAUUGCUAAUUGCACUUGCAUUGAUUCUUGGUCUCUUCGUUGCUUUUCUUCUUUUCAACCCAAGAAACCACAAAUCUGGACAUAAGGGUAAAGCUGAUUCCAGCUCAAACAAUGAUAAGACAUCAAAAUCCUAUAAGAAAACUGAAGUAACAUUGCAUAACAAAAGAACAGAUUGCUGGAUAAUCAUCAAGAACAGGGUAUACGAUGUUACUUCAUAUGUGGAGGAACAUCCAGGUGGUGACGCCAUUCUAGCACAUGCUGGAGAUGAUUCAACUGAAGGAUUUUUCGGGCCACAGCAUGCAACUCGAGUCUUUGACAUGAUUGAGGACUUUUACAUUGGAGACUUGGAGCAAUAGCUAAUACUAUGUUUGGAUUUCCAUUGCAAACUUAUGUUUGAGUCCAAAAGUACGUUUGCCUCAAAAAAAAAAAAACUCUAAAAGAUUUUGGAUUCAUUUGUACUCUUGCGGUUUCUAAGUGGCGGUGGCUGGUUUGUAACGUUCAAGAAAUUUGUGAUUUCACAAUUCCAAUAUUCUAUUUCCGGUUGCGCUUCA